AUGUCCCUGUCCCUAUCCCUAUCCUUUUCUAAACUAGGCAGCAUCCCUAAUUCGGAACUAUCCAACAUGGACUCCCUGCCCGAAGAAAUCCUCAUAGGCGUCGUGGACAAGCUGGACCGCAAGGCCGACCUGUCUACCAUCCUCAGCCUGCGCGGCGUCAGCCGGAAAUGGCGCCGCGUCGCGACCCCGUACGUCCACAUCGCCGUCCAGAACUAUCGGCCCCAGACCGCCGACGCGCCCUGGAACUUCCACCGCUCCACCGACCUCCUGUGCUACCUCUGCUGGAAGCUUUCGCAGAAGCCGCACCUCGCCCGCUUCGUCAAGGAGGUCGCUUCCCGCCCCUGGAAGGAUGCCCGCUGGAAAUCCUUGGCUGCUAAGGCGGACUUGAGCGCGCGGUACCGCGAGGCGCUCGCGGGGGUUGGCUCUGCUGUUCCGGACGACGUGAAGGAUGGCAUUGUCGCCGAGAUGCUGUAUGAUGUGGGCGACGCGCUGCUCGCGUUCGUGCUGAUUCUGUGCACCGACAUCGAAGUCCUUAUGAUCCCGGCUCUCGAUAGGGGAUGCGGGCCGCGGACGAGACAGGUGCUCCGGUGCGCGCAUGCACAGCUCCAGGAUCCGCCGCGGGAUGGCCGGGAAGCUAUGCUUAGCGCCGUUCGGUACGUCCAGCUGGGCGAUUACGUUAAUGGCUUAUGCCUCGCAGACGCUCUGGAUGUGCUUGCCCUGCCGAGGCUGCAGCAUCUUGAGCUUGGGAACUUGGGAGAUACUACCGUCGACGGCAGCCAGCCUUUACCACCACCCUUCCCCGAGCUCCCUAAAACUCACCUGCAGGGCCGUGGCCCAGUCGACAUAACGCUCGAGUCGUGCCGUCUUAGCGGUAAGGGCCUAGUCACGCUACUCGCGGCAUGCGGCCGCACGCGCUCGCUCUUCGUCAAGAUGCGAACCGGCAACGUGCGGCCCUCGCGGGCACCAUGUUUCGCCGAGGCGCUCGAGCUAUACGGCCAGAACCUCGAGUUUUUAUAUCUCGACACGACGGCAUUUGAGGACGGGUUAGCCGGUGCUACCGACCCCGAUCCCCACCCCGAUUCCAAUUCCAACUCCAAAACACUAACCCCAUGCGCCCGCUUCCUCCGCGCCCUAUCCUCCCUUAACACCAACCUACAAUUUCUAGCGCUGUCCCGCGCCGACUUCCCGACGCCCGAGGACCUGAGAGCCGCACUACCGGUCUCGCUGCGCGAGCUCCUAGUCUUAGAAGUAGACGACAACGACGAAGAAGAAGAAGGCGACGACGCAUACCAGAACCUAGUGCGCGGCCGGAAUACCCCGUGGCUGGAGCGCGUAGUAUGCCAGCGCGCUACGUCCAAUAACGAUACGGGCGCCAUGUACGACGGCUGUCUGCGGGACAGGAAGUUACCUAGCACCCGGGUGUUGGAGAAGAGCCGGUGUACGGUGUUUACGUGGUGUGUCAGCGAGUAG